CCGAACCAAAAUUCUCUCUCACCCUCGUCUAAUGUUAACAGGGCGCUACAAUUUUGAUGCUUAGAAGAAAGGAUUCCGAGCUCCCAAAGACCUUGGUUUCAGUUAAAAGGACUCUUUGGUUACAGCAAAACUAGCUAAUAUUUGGGGUUUUCUCUUUCCCCAACUGUUUUUUCUUUUUCCCUUCCGUCCCUUUCCUCUUGUUUCCCCCUCUCUUUUCUUCUACUUUCUUCCCCAUCCAAACACCUCCUUAUUUGUACUAUUAAAUUGAUUUUCUCUCCCUUUCUCAAUUUCGCCUAUAUUAAACCCUCCAUAUUUUUUCCUACAACUUUGCUGAUUUUUCUCCACCCUUCCUCGAUAACUCUUUCUGGGCUCUUAAUUGUCUAAAGUCUCUACAUGGUCCUAACUUUCUCUUGAUCCAAACACAAACCGUUAAAGCUCAAUUUCUCAUGGUUCAAUUCUGAUAAAGCAGAGAGGCCUUUUACAUGGGUGUUUCGUUUAAGAUUUCGAAAACCGGUAAUAGGUUCAAGCCGAAGCCUUGUCUCCAAUCAGAGGUUUCAGUUGAUGAUGUCUCUGAGAAAUCUAAAGAGAGCUCACGGCCUAGAAAGCUCCAGGGUGAUGUCAUUGAAGGUGGUGAGCGUGUUGGUGGGGUGUCUCAAUCAAUUGUUUCUGAUGAAAGGCUUCGUGUUCCCGCUGACCAUGAAAUUUCCUUCACCUUGAACCUGUACCUAGAUGGAUAUUCUAUUGGAAAACCCCCAGAGAAGGAGGCUUUGCAUCAGGCUACUGUUCAGGAUGCUCCAAAGUUGCAUCCAUAUGAUAGGUCAUCUGAAACUCUCUUCUCAGCAAUUGAAUCUGGACGAUUGCCAGGAGAUAUUUUGGAUGAUAUACCAUGCAAAUAUGUUGAUGGGACACUCGUAUGUGAGGUGCGAGAUUAUCGAAAAAGUGCACCUCAACAAGUGUCUACCAUCCCAUCUAUGGAUGGAUCCCCUAUCAUCAAUAAAGUGCGCCUUAGGAUGUCUUUGGAGAAUGUAGUGAAGGAUAUUCCAUUGAGCUCAGAUAAUUCAUGGACUUAUGGUGAAUUAAUGGAAGCAGAGUCUCGGAUAUUGACAGCCUUGCAACCACGGCUUUUUUUAGAUCCUACUCCCAAACUGGAGAGGCUUUGUACUAACCCCUUUCCAACUACGCUCAACCUUGCUUCUUGUAGCUUGCGACGAAAGAGAUUGAGGCAUGCUCCAGAAGUUACUGUCACCUCUGCUAGUAAGAUCCAUGGCAAGAAGGUUUGCACAGACAGAGUGCCAGAAAGCUCCAAUGGGAGGCUGGGAGAGGCAGGAAUUAUUUCAGGGAGUUUGAUGCCACAACAAGUCCAGGAAAAUCUGACUUCUCAGAAUAAUGUUUCCAACAAUAUGUUAGCAUUAAGACCUAAAAGUUUUGUGCAAGAUUCCUCUGUUCCAGCACUUCCGAUGACAUCCCAGUCACCGAGGUAUCAAAUGGGGGUUGUGAAUGCAAGAAGCAUGCAGGAUCAUGGGUCUAGCUCCUUUGUCAAUCCAUCAACCGCCUCCCCUGCUGGGCAGGACAUGACAAUCUCAUAUGCUGACAGCAUAAACUCUGGUGCUUCUCUUCUUGGAAAGCGAGAGAAUCCAGAUGGUCCGAUGUCACCCUUAUCUGGCCUUAAUAAAAGAAACAGGCUUAAUGCUGUGGGACCAGAUGGGAUUCCACAACAACAAAUUGGGCCGCAUAUGGAUGGCCUCCAUGGACCAGAUAUGACCUGGAAGAAUAUGUUGCUGCCCCAGCAAGCAAUGGCAAGAGGAAUUCAAUAUGCAAAUGUGGGCAUGCAGAAGCAUCCUCAGCAGGUUUUUGAAGGGGUUGUGAAUCAGGAGGCUGGUGCAAUGCCAUUUGGUGCAGGACAGCAAGCAUUGAGAUAUGGUGCCAAGGAAGAGCCAUUUGAUCCAGACAAGUUGGAUGGCUCUGAGCUCAAUCGGGAAAGUGAUACUAACCAUUUGGACCAACAGCAGACACGACUUCAACCAAGAUUACCACAUGGAUAUGUGAGACCUGGUUUCCCUCAAACACCUUGGAACAAUAUUAAUCAGCAUGUUGAGAAAGAUGCGAGAAAGGAUGAACAGUUCCAAAAAAGGAAAUCAGUGCAAAGUCCACGUUUAUCGGGUGGGGCUUUGCCUCAAUCUCCGUUAUCAUCAAAAUCUGGGGAAUUUUCAAGUGGUUCCAUAGGACCUCACUUUGGGGCUGUUGCAACAAUCACUGCACUUGGAGCAUCUCAAAAGGAGAAGGCAGCUGUUAAUUCAGUUCCUGCUGUUGGUGGUACCCCAUCUUUGACUUCAAGUGCAAAUGAUUCUAUGCAACGACAACACCAGGCUCAAGUUGCUGCUAAGCGAAGAUCAAAUUCCCUCCCCAAGACCCCAGCAAUUAAUGCAGUUGGAUCUCCUGCAAGUGUUAGUAAUAUCAGUGUUCCACUAAAUGCAAGCAGUCCUUCUGUUGGAACCCCACCUUUGGCUGAUCAAUCAAUACUUGAAAGGUUCUCAAAGAUUGAAAUUGUGACUAUGAGGUAUAAACUCAACAGAAAAAAGAAGAAGGUUGAUGAGUACCACAUCCAGAAACCCAGCACACAUUCUCCUCAACAAGUAUCAACCUGUCUAAACAGUGUUUCCAUUAAUGAGGAUUUUAAAGACAGUUCAACUCCACUAUCAAAGUCACUAUUUGGUGGCAGCAUGAAUACAUACAAGACAAGAAUCUUAAAUUUUGUGCAGGUUGACCGUGUUGUUCAAGGGAAUGUCGUUUCUGUAGUUCCUAGGGUACGGACUAGAAUGAUAAUGUCUGAGAAACCAACCGAUGGGACUGUAGCAAUGUUUUAUGGAGACAUAGAUGAUGGUGACAUUCCUGGUGCAGAGGAUUAUAUUUCUCAUUUUCCUAUGCUUCCAAAUACUCACUUGGCAGACUUGCUUGCGGGACAGUUCUGUUCACUGAUGCUGCGUGAAGGGCAUCACCUUGUGGAAGAUAAUGUCCAGGCAAAACCAACUUGUGUGCUAAUGGCCUCAAGCAGUCAACAAAAUUCUGCUGCAACCUUUCCCAACAGUUCUGCAGUUGAUAUGCAGCAUACAAUGCAGCAGUAUGCUGACGCUGUUCCAGGUCAGGCAACCAAUGAAGUGGCAAAGCCUAAUAGCAGUAAUAAUAUAUCCAUAAAUUCAUCCCCAAGUGCGCUAGGAAACACUAGGAUGCUGCCUCCUGGAAACCCUCAGGCCUUACAGAUGUCUCAAGGACUCCUAUCUGGGGUUUCAAUGCCUGCAAGGCCACCACAACUAGAUACACAACCUGCACUUCAGCCACAGCCACAGCCACAGCCACAACAAGCUCAGCAGCAACAAGCUCAGCAGCAACAAGCAUCACAGCAGCAGCAGCAGCAGCAGCAUCAGCAAAGUCAACAUGCCUUGCUCCAACAGCAGCAUCAGCAUUUCCAGAGAUCACCAAUGAUGCUUGCAUCAAAUCCUCUUUCACACUCGAAUGCAAUUGGGCAGAAUUCAAACAUGCAGUUGGGUAAUCAAAUGGUCAAUAAACAUUCCCCUCUCCAGCUUCAGAUGUUACAGCAGCAGCAGCAGCAGCAGCAGCAGCAGCAACAACAGCAUCAACAACAGCAGCAGCCACAGCAGCAGAGGAAAUUGAUGAUGGGACUAGGAACAGCUGUAGGUAUGGGAAACAUUGGCAAUAACAUGGUCAGGCUUGGAGGCCUAGGCAAUGCCAUCGGAAUUGGAGGUGCAAGGGGAAUUGGUGGGUCUGGAAUCUCAGCUCCAAUGUCACCUAUUUCUGGCAUUGGAAAUAUGGGCCAGAACCCAAUCAAUCUUAACCCAACUUCAAAUAUUACGAAUGCAAUAAGCCAGCACCUUCGACCCGGGCCACUAACACCUGCUCAUGCUCAUGCGGCUCUCAUUUCAAAAUUGAGGAUGGGCCGAGCAAACAUGUUAGGCAAUCCUCAAUCAAGCAUAGCUGGGAUGUCUGGGGCCAGACAGCUGCAUCCGGGGUCUGCGAGUCUUUCAAUGUUGGGCCAGAAUCUGAACCAGGCUAACAUGAACCCUAUGCAACGGACUGCUAUGGGGCCCAUGGGUCCUCCAAAGAUGAUGCCUGGGUUGAACAACCUUUACAUGAACCAGCAUCAGCAACAGUUUCAGUUGCAGCAUCAGCAGCAGCAGCAAUUGCAGCAUCAGCAGCAACAGCAACAACAGCAACACUUACAGCAGCUGCAGCAUCAGCAAUUACAGCAACAGCAGCAGCAACAGCUACAGCAGCAGCAGCAACAAGAAACAACCUCACCACUACAGGCUGUGGUUUCUCCUUCACAGGUAGGCUCACCAUCAACCAUGGGAAUUCCACAAUUGAACCAACAAUCUCAGCAACAGCAAGCCCAGCAACAGCAAGCCCAGCAACAGACCAGUCCACAACAAAUGAAUCAAAGGACUCCCAUGAGUCCACAACUGAGCUCAGGUGCUAUCCAUGCUGGUAACCCAGAGGCUUGUCCAGCUAGCCCCCAAUUGAGCUCCCAGACCCUUGGUUCAGUUGGUAGCAUCACAAAUUCUCCUAUGGAGCUUGGUGUGAACAAGAGCAACUCUGUUGGCAAUACAUAGCAUGUUCUGAGUACUACUUUUUCUUUUAAGCUAAUGGUUGAGCGGCCGUGGUUAUAAGCCAUCCUUCUACUGGAAGAAUCUGUAAAGACAGUCUUUCUGGCAGAUGGUCCGUCAGUGGAAAGCAGUUUGAUCAAAAGGAAUGAGGUACUGUUUGAUAACUGUUAAAAGCUAAUACGUGAGCCGCCUGGUGCCAUGCUAUCCACGGAUGAUUCACAAUGGGGGCAGCGGCCCCCUCUGAAAUCCUAAAAACUUCGAGUUGUGGGGUGCAUGAAUAACUACGAGAAGUUUUAGCACUGAUUAUUGGUGGUAUGUAAUUUCUUGUAAGAGAUGGGUUUGAAUCCCUUUUUCUCAUAAUAAUAAAAGUUUAUAAUUUUACCUCCGACAAA